UGUAAUGUUAUAGCCAUAAACAAAUUAUGCAACAUUAAGAUAGUAACUACUAGUACUAUAUACAUACAUAUAACCCUUCCACUCUCCUCUCAUUUGCCAAUUGACAUUGCCAUUGCCAUUCUAAAAUCCUCCAAAAUGAAGCAAUUCCCACUACUUGCCACUUACUCUCUUGUCUUCUUCUUCCUCAUAGCAACCAUGUCACUUCCUUCCUCCACCACCGCAGCCGCCGCCGCCAAUGGCAGCCACAACAUUACCCGCAUUCUCGCCAAACACCCCGACUUCUCCACCUUCAACCACUACCUCACCCUCACCCACCUCGCCGGCGAGAUCAACCACCGCCAAACCAUCACCAUCCUCGCCAUCGACAACGCCGCCAUGUCCUCCCUCCUCGACAAGCACCUCACCCUCUCCACCCUAAAAAACGUCCUCUCCCUCCACGUCCUCGUCGACUACUUUGGCGCCAAAAAGCUCCACCAGAUAACCAACGGAACCACCCUCGUCUCCUCCAUGUUCCAGGCCACCGGCUCCGCCGCCGGAACCGCCGGCUACGUCAACAUCACCAACCUCAAAGGAGGCAAAGUAGGCUUCGCCGCUGAGGACAACGACGGCCUCCACUCAUUCUACGUCAAAUCAGUGGAAGAGCUUCCAUACGUCAUCUCUGUUCUCGAAAUCUCUCAACCCCUGAGCUCCGCCGACGCCGAAGCACCGACCGCAGCUCCGAGCGAUAUCGACGUCAUCUCCAUCAUGUCCAAACAAGGCUGCAAAGCCUUCGCAGAUUUACUCAGAACCUCGAAAGCUCUUCCCACAUUCAAGGAAAACGUUAAUGGCGGUUUAACCGUGUUCUGCCCCACCGACAGCGCCGUCAACGGAUUCCUCCCCAAGUACAAGAACCUCACCGAUUCCCAAAAGGUUUCUCUCUUGCUGUACCACGGUGUUCCUGUUUACCAAUCGUUGCAGAUGCUCAAGUCCAACAACGGAAUCAUGAACACUCUGGCUACAGAGGGUGCUAACAAGUACGAUUUUACAGUGCAGAACGAUGGGGAAGAUGUGAAUUUGGAAACCAAGGUUAACACUGCUGGGAUUAUUGGGACAUUGAUUGAUCAAGACCCUUUUGUGGUGUACAAGAUUAGCAAGGUGUUGAUGCCUAGAGAGUUGUUUAAAGGUGUUACUGAGAAAACUGUGUCUCCUGCAGAGUCACCUAAGCCAGCAAAGAAGAAGAGUAAGAGCACUAAGAAGGGGAAUGCUGAUGAUGAUGCUGCAGAUUCACCUGCAGAUGGACCUGCAGAUGAUGACUCAGAUAAUCAGACAGCUGCUGAUGACAACAGUGGUGUUACUGGAUUGAAUCAAGGGUUCAGAUUCACCAUGGUUUUCUUCAGUUUGGUUAUUGGAUUUUUGGUUCUAUAAUGGAGUGUCGGUGACACUGCUAGCUAUGGUCAAUGCCCCAUGUCAUGUGAGAGAUUCUUUUUCUUUACUUUUCUUUUCUUCUUUUGAUAUUAUUAUUAUCAUAUUUGUGAAGGAAAUAAAACAGUGACAACCACAUGUUGGGGGCACUGUGUUUUUUCUUUUUUAAAUAUACAAUCUUUGCUGUUUUGUAUUUAUUGAUUGUUUGCUUCACGAUCAUUUAAUUUGCCCUUUUGUUUUUUAUUUUAUACUUUUAGUGUCGGUACUGGGUGGUAGGUCCAGUUUGUGUUUGCUGCUAGCUGGAAUGUGUCAUGUUUCAUGUAUGAAUGAAAAUAUAAACAAAAAAAUUAAAUUUGUUA